AUGCGGCCUGACGACCACUACUUCGACUCCUCUCCCCCUCCGCCCGCCCCCUACUCCAACUGGCCGGAUGAUCAGCAGAGCGAAAUAGCCGAUUCCCGCAAUACCUCCUUCCCCUACAGCAACGGCUUCCUGGAGGACGAAGACGCCCGAAACGAGCAAGAACUGCAAGAGGAGGAUCAUGGUGUUGACUACGACGAGGAUAUGUCAGACGACGAUGGCGGCGUUCCUCUGUGGCUUAUGAACGAGGGAGGCUUCCACGGCGUGCUGCUCCCAGCACUCGAGGACGAUACGGAUGCCUCUGACGAGGAUUCGGAUAUGGCCAACUUGGGUCACCCACACAACGGCGCCGUGACCGAUAAUCCCAUACAACCACAAGAAGACGCUGCUUUUGCCCCUCCUAUACCCUUCGAUACCUUUAUGGAUAUGCAGGACCAACUCCAAUUUGUGCCCACGCAGGCGACUAACCCACCGGUGGUAUCACAGCAGCUCGAGCAGCUCGCUGGGUUCUUCGCUGACGAGGCGGGAGGAUUCGAUGGAAACCACCCUACUGCCCUGAGCAACCCAAAUCCUAACACUCUGGGACCAGAGAAUCCUGGCCUUUUUGACUUUCUUCGUCACUGGGCUUGGCAAAGCCGGUGCUUGCAGGGCCUGGCGCGAGAGCGGGGUCGAUAUCCAUGGCUUCCCCAGGUCAACUUGCAGGCCUCAGAGCGUGUACCAUUCAUCGGUGUGAACCAUCUCGAGGGAGAUAGAUUCGACUUCCAAGGUAUCGACUGGAUGAAGCUCGGCGUAACGAGGAGAGAAGCGCGGGAGCGGCGCCUACUGACCUAUAAGAACUAUGUGAACAAGCCCGGCUCCGAUAGAUGGCAGCACAUGGACGUUGUCAUCCCUCGAUCAGAAAGCUUCUUCAGAUUCCGACGCAUGGACGUUAGACGAAACGUCCACCUGUCACAUUUCCAGCUACGUAACGUACUGGCUUCCACCUCGAGGAGUCAGGUUUUCUACACAGGCAAUUCGACCGUGCACCAGUUCAACCCCAUAUCUGGCGAGAGCCGGGUGGCUAUGACAAUGCUCGACACAUCGGGUACUCAUAUCUCGACAUUGGCCGCAGAUCAUGGUAUCCUUAUUGCGGGAGGCUUCAACGGCGAGUAUUGCCUGCGACGCCUCGACUCAGAUCUGGAGGGUGAGAGCGAACAAUGCUACGAAGGCACCAUUACGAAUGCUGCUAGCAAUAUUACAAACCACGUCCAACUCCAUUUGUCGAGAAGCUCAUCCAGUCCCCGGGCCGCCUUUGCAUCCAAUGAUACGGGAUUUCGCAUUCUAGAUAUCGAGUCGGAGACAUUCCUGUCCGAGUCAAUCUUCCCAUAUCCGUUGAACUGCUCUGCAAUGUCUCCUGACCGACGUCUACGAGUUAUGGUUGGAGAUCACUACAAUGCCAUCAUUACUACCACAGAUGGCGAUGGCCGCUGUGAGAUCCUGCAGGAAUUGACCGGUCACCGAGAUUUUGGCUUCGCGUGCGACUGGGCAGAUGACGGAUGGACCGUUGCGACUGGUUUCCAGGACAAGGCGGUCAAGAUCUGGGAUGCACGGCGUUGGACGAAUAGUCAAGGCGUCUCAACACCAGUUUGCACGAUCCGCGCUGAGAUGGCUGGAGUCCGCAGCCUCCGCUUCUCACCUUUAGGGUCUGGGAAGCGAGUUCUGGUAGCCGCGGAGGAGGCCGACUAUGUCGACAUUAUCGAUGCUCAAACCUUUCGACGCAAGCAGACCAUCGAUCUCUUCGGAGAGAUUGGAGGCGCCUCGUUCGCCAAUGACGGUCAGGACCUCUAUGUCCUUUGCUGUGACCGUGUACGGGGCGGCGUACUUCAACUUGAACGCUGUGGACUUGGUACAGAGGCGACUCAUGAUCCGACGCACCAGUUUGGCGAGCCCCGCUGGAAAGACAACAGCUUCGACUGGCCGGAGUAUCCCACGACCUCCAGACGCGUAGCUCGAGCAUCUGAGACCCGCAGAAGGAGGCGUGCUCUAGCUGCUGGAGAACUCGAGCCUUUCUAA